AGACAAAAGCAUUUCUUUUCUCCUCUUUCCAAAAGAUGUCUUUGAUUAGUGUAACGCGUAAGCUCUACUGCUACUCAGCAUUAAGGCUUCUAAAAGGGGCAGAGGGAGGUUAGCAGUUCUUCGUGUCAGUCUUAGCUCGUGCCAGGGGAGAGAGAGGUCCAUGGAGCCCAAGGAGGCGACGAAUGCGGAUAUGGUGGCGCCGGCGGCCGGAGCCAAGAGUGGACCUCCAGUUCCAGUUGACAAUGCAGCAGCAGCUCCGGCUGACAGAGAUGCCGUUCUUGCAAAGGUGGAGAUGGACAGGAAGCUGUCGAUGAUCAAGGCUUGGGAGGAGAGCGAGAAGAGCAAAGCCGAGAACAAGGCUCAGAAGAAGAUGUCAUCCAUCAUGUCGUGGGAGAACACAAAGAAGGCGGCUGUGGAAGCAAAGCUUCGAACACGAGAGGAGAAGCUGGAGAAGAAGAAGGCGGAGUACGCAGAGAAGAUGAGGAACCAGAUUGCGGCCAUCCACAAGGAGGCUGAAGAGAAGCGCGCGGCGGUCGAGGCCAUGCGACACGAGGCAAUUCUCAAGUAUGAGGACAUGGCGGCCAAGCACCGAUCCAAAGGGACCACCCCAGCAAAGAAAUUCCUGGGCUGUUUCUAGCUGGUGACUGGUGAGGAACGCAGUGUAUCAUACAGUUCAGUCAUGCUCUUGCACGCCCUGAAAGCGACCAGGUGCGAGAGCCUGAAGAAGCAAUUUGAUCUUCACAGCAUCUGAGGUUCAACUCUUCGGUUCUGCCUGGAAUGGCAUGAGCAGAACAGAACGCUUUAUGGUGGGAAGUAGUUCAUCACUUGCAGUUUUGGCUUGUUUUCGUGUGUGUAUGUUUUCGGCAUCUUGGCUAUUGUUCUGCUGUGUGUAUUGUUUGCUGAAGAUGUGCGUGCUUGUGGCUUUGCCUGCGCAGUGAGGUGUAAUUGUAUGUAUUGUAACUACCGAAAAAAAAUUUCAAA